GGAUGCCGGGAGGCGCCCUGGCUGUGAACAGCCUCAGUCUGGUGACGGAGAGCACAGGAGGCUCCCGUGGCUGCCCGCUCCUCCCGGCUCUUUUCAUGUCCGGGGCCACACUGCUUGCGAGGGGCCUGCUGGGAGGAUGACGAUGAUGACCAUGAACGGCAAGCAACACUUCUCCAUGCACCCGGCCCUGCACGAGCCCAAAUAUCCCGGCCUGCACUCAGGCUCGGAGGGCAUGCGCAGAGUCUGUCUGCCGGCCCCGCAGCUGCAGGGCAAUAUAUUCGGAGGCUUUGAUGAGAGCCUGCUGGCACGGGCUGAAGCUCUGGCGGCUGCUGACAGCAUUGUCUCUCAAGGCAAGAGCCACCCGUUCAAACCAGACGUGACUUACCAUACCAUGAGCAGUGUCCCCUGCACCUCAGCCUCCUCGUCCUCCUCCACCACCGUGCCCAUCUCCCACCAUCACCACCACCACCACCACCUGGGACAGACCCUGGAGGCUGGGGACCUCCUGGAUCACCUUUCCACCAGCCUGGCCGUGACCGGGAUGGGCGCUCCAGAGCCCCCAGGGAUGGCUGCGACGGCGCACCACCACCAGCACCCGCACCACCACCUGCAGACCAUGGGACAGCUGCAUCAGGCGAUGGCCACAAUGGCCCAUCCUCACUCCCUGUCCGUGCACGGAGGCAUGGCCUGCGUCAGCGACGUGGAGUCCGAUCCACGGGAGUUGGAAGCGUUCGCGGAGCGCUUCAAGCAGCGCAGGAUUAAGCUCGGAGUGACCCAGGCGGACGUCGGCGCAGCAUUGGCCAACCUCAAGAUCCCAGGCGUGGGGUCGCUGAGUCAGAGCACUAUCUGCAGGUUCGAGUCCCUCACCCUGUCCCACAACAACAUGAUCGCCCUCAAGCCGGUCCUGCAGGCCUGGCUGGAAGAAGCCGAGGCUGCGCACCGGGAGAAGAGCAGCAAGCCGGACCUUUUCAACGGCAGCGAGAGGAAAAGGAAGCGCACGUCCAUCGCCGCGCCGGAGAAGCGCUCGUUGGAGGCGUACUUCGCCAUCCAGCCUCGGCCCUCGUCGGAGAAAAUCGCGGCCAUCGCCGAGAAAUUGGACCUGAAAAAGAACGUGGUUCGAGUGUGGUUCUGCAAUCAGCGGCAGAAACAGAAGCGAAUGAAGUACUCGGCGGUGCACUGAGUUCUUCCCACCAACAUCAUGAAUAAAAUAGCCUACUACAUUUUUGAUUGAGUGAUUAAUAAUAACCCGAGUAGCCCUAACAAACAGGGAUUUAUCAGCAUCUCUGGGAUCGUUUCCAGAAAUGACUUUACCCAUUUUUGUGUCACUCACUUUGCAUUGUUGCACUUUUCCGGAUUCUGCUGUUGAGAUGGCAUAUUUGUUUCUUUUAAAGGGAUUUUUGAUGUUAUUGAUAAUGUAGUCUGCACACGCUGAGAAGGGACUUUUAUUUUGAACUAUCAUAUUCCUUGUCAUUGGAGCCCAACUGGACUUUUUUAUUUUCUUCCUUACAACAAAUAACAAAACAGACUCUAUGAUCUCCACUUCAUAUAUCCUUAAAUACCAACACUAUCAUGUCUUCACCUGUGGAGCCUUUGCGAUAAAAAUGUUCCAUGGUUUCACAUUUUAACCACUAAAUUCUUCGAAUGAAGCCGCUCUCUUUGUGAACUGUGAGUGAUCGUGAUUUACGCACAAAAGUGAGUCUUCAUCACAAGCUAUAACACUCUGUUCGUCUUGAAUUAUUAAGAAAUGGAAAUGACACCGUCAUUACAGGGAGCACAACCAAUGUGGCUGCUGCUAUAUUUUAGUAUUUUGAUGUGAACAUGUUUUCCAGAAUCACAGGUGAGCUGUAUAGAUAUUUAUUAUAUGGCUUUUAUCACCUGUCAAGUAUUUAUUUUCCUCACUCUUGAUUUCACUUGGAAUAAAAAAGAAGUGUGAAAUUUAAACUGAAUAAAUUAUUGGUUAUUUUCUAAAAUUCUCACUAUUAUUAUUCUCAUUGUUUUCUUGAAUGAAUGGGUGGUUUUGAUCCUCAGGCCCGAGGCCUUCCAACAAGGCAUAUUAGAUAAGCUGCAGAUUAAACACUGUAAAUUGUUUAUUGUUAAAAUAACAGCAUAGCUGAGUGACUUUACC